CUAAUCCUUCAUGCUGUCUCUUGAACAGUACUUUUUAUAUUACUGUGCCGAUGCCCCCCUUUACCCGCACUCACUUUUCUGGAAAUCUUGUUGAAUUGUGGCCCACCAACACUGAUUCUGUAGUUUCCAGCCUCCACCGAUAUCCACCAUUUCCACCAUUACACAAUUUUGCUUUGUAAAACAUGUUCAUAAUAAAAAAAAGAAAAAAAAAAUGAAAACAAAAUGAAAUACAAAAGGUAUUUAAUCGAAACAGAUUUCUUUAUUUCGAUAUAUACUAGAGGGUAAUGAAUUAAUGUUUAUAUAUGGAAUAGGGAGCAAGUGAAUAUUAAAAAAAUUCACAUUAUAAAAAGCUGAUUACUACUCGCGCCUCAAUGGACGUGAAGAUGUGAUUAUCACGAGCAUCGGGUUGCUUCUUGCAAGGAGCGCUUAAUGAAUAAUAACAAUUUAUUUUGAACUCUAAAAACUUGUCUGAUUCUAUUUCCAAGAUAAUAAAAGGUCCCUACUAAGCAAUAAAAUUUGAGCGAGGACUCUCUCUCCAACUCUCAUUUAAAAGAAAGACGAUCGUUCUCGUAAACUAAAAUACGAAGGCAGACAAUGAGCAACAAUGAGACGGUACAGGCAGACACAGCUCCCAAUUAUAAAUGGGAAAGCAAGUAAAUCUAUGAACUGAGUAAUUGAUUUAGCAUCUUUUUUAUCGACAGAGUACAGAAUGCAUCGUUAUGUGGUUAGCGCAUAUCUCGACGAAUCAGUACAAGUCGCUGCGCGAUGGAUGCGUGAGGUCGACGUUUGUCCGCGGUCUUUUGUGGUUCCUUGUUGGUUUCCUCGUUUUUGUUUACAUUUUAGUUGGUUUAAAAAUGUUAUAGGCUUUCAUUUGUUCCUUUGAAGCUAUCUAGUGUCGGUCGAGCGCGACUUCUACCCAUUGAAGAUGAAAAACGCAAAAGUUAAGGCGAGACAAUGCUUGGAACGAUUCGGGGAUCAAGGAGGAUACUUUGAUGUGGUGGUACGUCCCAUGCUACAGCAAGGACACGAAGGAGAACUAUGUGGUUGGCUGAAAGAGAUGAGUUUAAUCAGAACUGUUUCCAACUGUCCUCAUCCCGAAUGCAAGGGAAGAAGUUUGGGUUGGAAUCAAGCUAGAAUUGUAGAUAAAUAUAGUUGGUCUUGUCCAAACUGCACGAGGAAGCAGUCUAUUAGAGAAAAUUCCUUUUUCUUUGGAAUCAAAUGCGACCUGAAAAUGUGCCUUCAACUGAUAUUAGGGUGGUGUCAAAUGAUACCUAGCGAACUCACUGCCAAUUAUUUAGAAAUAAAGAAACAUGUAGUUAAGAAAGUAUAUGAGAGGUGUGAUGAAGUUUCUGAGAAUUAUGUAGCAACUCAUCCAGAAGAUUGGGUUUUGGGAGGUCAAAGUGCAAUAUUAAUUGUGGAUGAAUUUCCUAAUGGCUACAUGACCGAGAACCCCUCAGACAUAACUACUGCCAAGAAGCGUAACAAUAAUUCUCAUACAAUAGUGUGCAUAGCAGAAGCAAAUACCAUACCAACUCGGAUGUGGUUACAUAUGAUUGAAGCAAUACCAGAGCCAAUCAAAGUGGAUAAAUAUCAUGGAGAUGUUGACAAAUGUAAUAUGGUUAAAGAAGCCUUGAAAGAAAUUUCGAAGCACAGUGCUCCAGGUAGUUAUAUUGUCGCGAAUAGUCGAGCUCGUUGUUGCAGUUACGAGUCGCUUCAAGAAUUAAAACAAUAUAAAGUGAUUAGCGUUGAACACCUACAGAAAUUCGAUCCGCCGGGUAGAAGCAAACUUCUUAGUAAUUUAGAAACAAUUUGGCAAACCAGCGUCGAAAUUUGCGAAGACAUUCAAGAAACUACUCACAAUCUGGGACAACGUAUAAUAUCGAAGCAUUUGUGGAGGCAGAGAUUUGGUACGUCUCCAUCUAUGGCAUUUCAAUACAUGCUUAAUCAUAUUGCAGAAUGUUACCGCUUCGUUUGAACUGACUUUUUCAGUAUUUUCACUAAUUUUAGUAUGUUUUUUCUGUUACUACAAGCAAUAUCAAUGUGUUAGUGAAUGAUUUAUUUUUCGCGAAUUAAGGUUUCCUAAAAUAAUAUUGCGAUUUGAAUUAAUACUUAAUAAUAGAGGGGUGACGAUUGCCAAUUAGCAAUUUUAUCGCGUCUCGAUUGCACAAGUUGCAUAGCAAUUGUUACACACAAUGGCCUUAUUGAAAUUAAGAAAAAAAUAUAAUACUUAUAAAACAAGUAUAUAUAUAUAUAUAUAUACUAUAAUGAAUUUCUUCAUGAAGAAGAGAAUACGUUUCAAUGUUUAACUGAAACACGCACUUUGUGUCUUCCAAAUAUCAGAAUAUAAAUCAUUUUGAAGUUAAAUGUUUAUGACGAUUGUUGACUAGUUAGAGCUAUAUCAUUAUAUGAAACUUGAAUCUGUUAAAGCACAUUUGAAAGGUACUGUUCGCUUAAGAUUUUUCACUUUUUUUUAAUGAAUUUAGAUUGAAGAACUAGGUAUAAAAGACUGCCGAUGAUAUUGAUAUAAUACUGAAUUGCUUAAAAAUUAAAGGAGUUCGAAAUAUUUGAAUGAAAUUGAAACGCGCACAAUGUCACUCGUUCGAAAGAAAUUAUUGCAGGAAAUUAAUCAAAUUAAAGCGAAACAUACAUGGGGUGCAAUUAGUACCAACAUUCAAAUUAGGAAUAAAUAGGGUAUAGGUGUCCAUGAAUGAUUGUCAGUUUAUAUUAUACAUACUUAUCGACAAUUGUAAUACUUAACGAAAAAACUAGAGUUUUAUCCAAAGCUUUAUACCAGUAUUAUUUUAAAUUACAUACUGCAAAUAAACUAUAGCGUAAGUUAAUUAUCGUCGGAUUUUUCCAACUUCAAUUGAAGUUCACGGGGAUCGGUGACAUUGAAGUUAAAAAUCGUGUCAGGAUACCUUGUGAUAAAACCGACUUUGUGAUAUACAAAUAUUAUUUUCAUUCUUUUCUUAAAUCACGUCAUUAAAAAAGGAAUAGAAUACGAAGGUUGUAAAAUUUUUGGGAACUAUGUGAUAACGUCGUUAUUUCAUAUGGUGAAAAAUGAUAUAUUACAAAUUAGGAAGAUAAGAAAAUAUUCUUCUCAUCGUAAGUAAUUCGAAAUUAACGCCAAGUGUACUAUAUAUUAGUACCUUUUAUUCCUAAGUAGUUGAUAACACCAUUUUAUAAGUUUAUAUAAUGAUAUUGAAAAAAGGAAAUCUUUCAUUAAGGACGUCUUAAUUAAGAAACUUUUAAUAUUUUUGUAACAAUUAAUUAGCAAUAUUGUUAUAAUUAUAUGUUUAUACGAGUAUUGUUAAACGAUUUUAGCAAGAAAUAUGCAAUAAGUAAAAUUACGCGUUUUGUACCAAAAUAUUUGUAACAAAAACAUUGUAAUACAUUAUAUGUAAAUUUCAAAUUCAUACCUAAAUACCAAAUAAAGCAAUAGAAUUUUA